AUGGCUGUUGCUCCGGUUGUGGUUGUGCUGAUGAGCCUUCUUUUCAUUGUCCUCACUGUGCACCAUGCUGCAGCAGCAACAGCGGUCUCUGUCCACGGCGAACCCAACAGCAAGGACAACUAUGCGCAAGAGCAGGUCUCUAAUGGAGUCAUACUUGCUGAUCCUGACAACAUGGACUUUAUCUCCUCUGCCAAUGAGGAGAUGGCGGCCGUCAACUACCUCCUUGAUGUUGCCGUGACGACGACUACCGGCCGGAUCUGGGUUGACCCCGCGACGGCCUCGCUCACCUUUCACGAAUUCACCUCGGGCCACAAUGUCAUCGUCAACGUGACGUACCUGGUAGUGCCGGACUCGAUGAAGGAGCUAGAGUUUGAUGCCGCCGCCUGGCAGGCCGACUACUCGCUCUCACAGGCGCCAAAGGGUACUCACUCAUCGUUUAUCACGUUUUCCGACACUGCCGGCAGCGAGCUGGUUGUCUCGGGCACCGACGUGGCGUCGGUCAUCGAGCACGCCUGGUUCAACAAUGGCUUCCAUGCCAACCGUGACAUGUUCAUCCUCUUCUUCCGCAAGCUUGUCGGUGAGUGCCCGACUGGCUCAUGUUCCGUUGACUUUUCCGGUGGCGAUCCGUUCCUUGACUUUGACUACUACAAUGUCUGUCCUGUUGUGGUGCUGACGGGCGGGACCGUAACGCCUGACACUACCACCGGCGGCCCCUUUAGUCCGGUCGGUAACAAGCUCUUCCUCUCGUGCGGGACCGGGCUCACGCUGUACAAUGCCGAUGCUUUCCUCGACAGCUGUGGCGUGUGCUCCGGCCCUGGCACCAUCCACGUCGCCGAUUCGGACCGCGAUGCUUGUGGGGUGUGCUUUGGCGGCAACGCCGAUCUAGAUGACUGCGGUGUCUGCUUUGGAGGCAACGCCGCAAAGGACGGCUGCGGGGUGUGCUACGGCAACAACGCGACGUGCGCCGGGUGUGACGGCGUUCCAUACUCGGGCAAAGUGCCCGAUGUGUGCGGAGUAUGCGGCGGCGACGGCUCGGGCUGCUCGGGCUGCAACUUUAUCCCGAUUCCGCUCGGCGGCGUGUGGUUUGACGGGUGCGGCGUGUGCGGCGGGCCGGCCGGCAUCUCGACCUGCACCACGCCGUGUAUUGCCAACAGUACUGCGGUCUUCGACUGCUAUGGAAUGUGUAACGGGACGGCAUACGUCGACGACUGUGGCAUGUGCGUCGAGGGCACCACGCCCAACGAGCCCAAUUCUUUCAAAGACUCAUGUGGCGUGUGUUUUGGCGGCGAGGCCGCCCGCGACGCGUGCGGCGACUGCAACGGCGGCAAUGCGCGCCGGGACGAGUGCGGCAUUUGCAGCGGCGGAAACUCGCGGAUGGAUAGCUGCGGCGUGUGCUUUGGCGGCGAGCGAAGCAAGGACGUGUGCGGCGUUUGCGGCGGGAACGGAUCAACCUGUGUCGGAUGUGACUUUGUGCCCAACUCGGGGCUUUUGCUAGAUGCCUGCGGUGUGUGCGGCGGUGCCAAUGACUGCCAGCAGCGGGUUGUUCACGAAGCAGCAUCCGUCUCCAUGCUUGUCAUUGGCGGCGCCUCACUCUGCUUCCUUCUCUUUGUUCUUGUUGUCACCAUCACAGGCCUUGCCGUCCGGCGCCGUCGGUCGCGCCGCAUCGGCCACAUCGAGUCGAAGCGCACGUCGGCGCUUAAGAGUGCACCGGCAGGCACGGUCGUUGUCUUUAUCACUGACGUUGGCUCGUCGACUCGACUGUGGGAGGACAUUCCAGAAGCGAUGGAGGAGGCGAUGGACGUACACGAUGCCAUUAUUCAGCAAGUCCUCACCACUCACGGCGCUUACAUUGUGCGAACCGAAGGAGACUCGUUUGUCGCGGUCUUCUCGGCGGCAAGUGCCAGCUCAGCCGUGAUAGCGGCCUUGGAAAUCCAGAACGAACUGACGGUGGCGGCGUGGCCGCGCGACGUCUUGUGCCACCCUGAGUGCCACACCCAAGUCAUGCCGGGUCAGGAUGUUGGUGUCUAUGCUCUGCGCCACAUCUGGCGCGGGCUUCGCGUCCGCAUCGGCCUCCAUGCCUGCUGCCCGCAUCGCUCGUUUGACGGGCGCUCGCACCGCGUUGCGUACUCUGGCGCCGCCAUGUCGCAUGCUGACACGGUUGCGUCUGCCGGCACCCCGGGUCAGAUUGUGUGCUCAGCCGAGACGCUGCCGCUGCUGCCAAGCCCGAUGCCGUCGGGUGCAGCGGCGGCCCCGAUCGGGCGCGUGGCUGAGAACAACGGGACCGCGCUCUUUGACAUGUUCUGCCUCUCGGCGCCGGACAAUCCGACGGCAUGGCGGGCCUGUCCACCUCUUCCAGCUCUCGGUUCUUGCGCGCUUCCACACACCAAGUCCAUCCUGCUCACGCCGGGCGACUCGGUCGCCAACUCGAUCUCGCAGGCCUCGCUCUCGACUGGCGCCGACACCGAGAAUGACACCUGCGGUAUGUCCGGGACAAGCUUCGUCGUUGAGCCCGACUCGGCGCUGGCAUCAGUGGCUGUCUCACGCUCGCCCUCGCCAUCGUGCGAAAGCAGGCUGCAGUUGCAUCAGCACGCCAUGGCCUCGAACGCAAGCUCUUGCGAGGUGUCUGAAAGCGGCGCGCCGCAGUUGAGGACCAAAGUCACAUCGCGGCGCAAGAAGAAGCGCAAUCGCAUCGUGCGUGAAAGCCAACCGCCGAGUUUGCACUGCAUCCAGCGCAACUUUCAUGUAUCAAUAUCCAACUCGAAGUCGACCGACUCACUUGCGCCACCCAGGUUGGAGCAACUAGCGAUGCGGCAGACCAUCUCGCACUCGGGCGACCUGCCUGUGCUGCGCACAGAGGUCAAUGACCGGAUCCGCGAGUCGCUUCGAAACGCCCAACGCAAGGACAACCACAAGGCCCGGCGUAGCCGGCGCGUCGUCCGCACCAAGCGCGCUUUGACCCGGUUUAGAUCAGUUGACGCCAUGUCGUCGCCCAAUGGUCUCUUCAACGGCGCCGAGGCAGACCGCCGUCGCAGGAUCGGUCGUAACUCGCUCUCGGUUAUUUCCACCUCGGCACGCUGGACUCGACUGUCUGCAGCAUCCGCCGCAGCGCUCUCGUCCCACGGCUGA